CUUCUCGAGCCCUGAGGAAUGGAGCUGGCUGUCUGUGGAUGGGGACCUCUGAAACCCAACUUCCUGCUUGUCCUGCUGCAGCUGCCCCUGGGCUCCUUCAGGGUGCUGGCUCCUCAGCUGGCCAGGUUGUACCCCAAAAUGGAGGUAGAACUGGAGGCAUCGCCUGAAUCAGAGCCACGCCUGCAUUUCACCCCUGGAAACGUGGCCGUCGCACCCGUGGUGGACGUCCAAGCCUUCGCCCUCCUGCCCAGCUCCUCGGACCGCAAGCCACUCUUCCAGCUCAGGGCGAAAACCAACCUCUCCAUCACCAUCAGUGUGGACUCCAAUAGGAUCGUCGGCUCAGUGACCACAGGAAGUAAACUAAAACUCGAACUGAAACACUCCAACGUCAGUCCUGUCAACGUGAGUUAUUUUCUGUCAAUGUCUCUCAAACGUCUUUGCCAAGAGAGGUUUCACUGGGCUCCAGGAGAUGCAGCAAGGUCCCAGACAGAGAUGCCAGGAGGAAUGAGAGCCCCUAUCUGA